UCGAUAGCUCCCUUGACCUACCUGUUCUAUUCCGCCAUUCCUGCACCACCACGCGACCCAGCCCGUCCUCACAACUCCCUCCCCCAACGUAUUCAUAUCCUCUUGCUUCCGUGCUGUUAAAGUUUAAAGUAAACCGGUCGAGCUUGAUGAUGGACUGCUGCCCGAAGGGCCUCUUGUGACAGAAUGACGACCCAGCUCCUGGCGACGGAGCUAACGAAUCUCAUCCAAGAAAGCAAGCGGAAACACAAUGACCUCAGACAGGCAGCCGAGAAGUCUCUGGAGGAGCUCAAGGGCCUAAGGGGGGCUAAUGAAGCCCAAGCCGCGAACGAGCUUGCCCAGAGGCCCAACUUUGUGAACCCCUUCAUCGUUGCUUGCGGGACCAAGAAUGCAAAGUUCACCGGCAUCGCCAUCGUCUGCCUCCAGAGGCUCAUCGUCGCCCGUGCCCUUCCCAGGGGGAAGCUCAACCAGGUCCUCGAAGCUCUCAGGGAGGCAACCUCGGCAGGUCUCGAUGUUCAGCUUAAGAUCCUCCAAGCCUUGCCAUCACUGUUGCAGAACUACGCCACCGACCUCAAGGGCGACCUCCUGAUCACCGCCCUGAACAUUUGUUUCAUCUUGCAGACGAGCAAGAAUGCCAUCGUAAACAACACCUCGGCUGCGACCCUUCAACAGCUUGUAGUCUCGGUAUUCGACAAGGUGGUCACUGAAGACAAAACCGCACCCUCCGGACCCCCCGCUGGCGAGGCGCCGGCCGGCGAUGGCACUGUUGAGUUACGUGCAGCCGCUUUAGACGCGCAUAGGAUAUUCAACGACCUCUGCCUCAUGACAGAGAACCAGCGUCCCGAGUAUCUCAGGUUUUCGGGACUUCCGCAGACGUUCGGCCUCGAGCUGAUAGAGUCGGUAUUGACCAACCAUGCCGCUGUGUUCUCGACCCAUAAAGAGCAGGCACACAUCCUGCAGGUUCGCGUCAUGCCCUUCAUCAUCAGCGCUCUCAAGGGGAAGCCCAAUUUCGCAACAUCAGUCAGGCUGGUUCGGAUUCUUUACACGCUGUUACGGCGCCACAUCAAUAUCCUUCCAUCAGAAAGCGGCGACGCUCUUGACAUCCUGACGCACCUACUGGACCAGGAGACGGCAAUCUGGAAGCGAGCCCUGUGCUUGGAGGUGUUCCGGGGCAUCUUUUCAGAGCACGCUCUCAUUCGGCGGAUAUUCGUCAACUAUGACGCCAAGGAAGGCGAGAAGGACGUCCUCAAGCACCUGACGGCAACGUUCGUUCGGCUCAGCACCGAGAAACCGUCCGUCAUCGGACUCGGUCAUCAGUCCACGAUUCCUGUGGCGGACCCCUACGCCAGCAUCGCAUCAUCCACCGACCAAGCCAUGCUCGAGGCUAGCGGCGUCACGGGUAUCAUCAGCGGCUCCGUCAAUGCAGAUGGUUCCAAUAUUGGGAUCAGCACACAAUGGAGCACCGUGAGGGUCCCCUGCAUCGACCAGCUCGACAAAACAGAGGCGCCGUCCGUUCCUGAGUCCUACAUCUACAGCUUGACACUUUCUUGCAUUUCAUCGCUUUCCGAAGGCCUCGCCAAGUUUAUACUCCCCCUCACUGUUCCUGGAGAUGGCCGCAAUCGCAAGAGAAGCGUGAAGCCGGAGCCAGAGCGCGACUCGUCGGUGCCCCCUCAAGAGGACGCCGAGGUCUCACGAACUGCACUGGAGCGGGCAGCCUCAUUCAAAAAGAACCCAGUCCCUCUGAAUCCUCUUGCUUUAGAAGACCAUCCCCUCCACAACGAGGUCAAGAUAUGCGCAACCAUCAUCGAGGAAUGCUGGCCGGCUAUCUUGGCCACCUGCUCGACAUUUCUAUACGCUGCAAUGGACUCGGAGUACUAUCACAGUCUCGUGAGAGCAUUCCAGAAGUUUGCCCAUGUCGCUGGCCUGCUUCAGCUAUCCACACCAAGAGACGCGUUCUUGACAACACUGGGUAAAGCGGCGGUACCUCCGAAUGUCUUCACAGCGUGCCUGAACGCCGGAGCCGCUCGACCGGCACCGCCAACACCGACUACGGAAGCACCAAACAGCAUCCUGAGCAACGCGCGAGGUCUGCUUAGCGUUGACAGUUUGGUGACCCAAUCGUCACCCGCCGUCGACAGGGGACGGCAGCAAGGACUCGAGGCGAGUCAAAUGACGCUCAACACUCGCAACCUCUUGUGUUUGAGAGCCCUUCUCAAUCUUGGCAUUGCUCUUGGCCCAACACUCGGUUCCUCAUGGCGUAUCAUUCUCGAGACCUUGCAACAAGCCGACUUCGUCCUCUUCUCCACCAGUAAGACUCCUGGAAGAACCCCCCUCGCGACGAAGGGAAUAGACCACCAUGCCGAGAGCGAGGCGAACGCUCUUCUGUCCAACUUCGGCAGCGAAGUCCGCGCUGUCGAGACGGCAGCGUCCCGUCUCAUCGAGAGCACAAUCGAUUUCCCCAAUGAUGCCUUUGGUGAAGUCGUGACGGCGGUAUGCAACCUGUUGGAAAGAACAAAUGAGGACAAGCAGAAGGUGGACAAGCAGAAGGCAGAGAACGCAAGCCAGCCACAAUCACCAACCUCUGGGGGCAUGAAACCACCCCCGAUAGGUCAACACCGGCGAGUUCUCAGCAUCUCGACCGCCGCGGCGGCCGGUCCGAACCAAGAAGAUCAUUUUGCGCUGGCGAAGCUAGGCGAUAUCGCCACGAUCAACAUCGACCGCCUGUUGACGUACCCGCCCGAUGUCUCUGGAUGGACACCGCUGACGACUGAGCUCAUUCACAUCCUCAACUCGGCAUCGGUGAACGCGUCGGUGAGACUGCGUGCUGCCGAGAUUCUGGUCAGACUCGCACUUGAAUCUGCCAACGUGGCUGCAACGAUGGAGCGAGAGCAGUGCGGAAGCGUGCAGCUGCUAUUGCUAGAAGCCCUCCGCGAUGCUCUUCUGCCACUGCAGCAAGAAGACAGGGAGGUGACCGUCGCCAGCCACGGUACGGAUGUGGAGAUUCACAAGGUGGUUCUCGAAGGGCUCAAGAACCUGCUUGAGAACUGCGGCGAGACGCUCGUCAGCGGAUGGGAGAUUGCUUUCGAAAUCAUCGGCUCCAUCUUCAUCGACAAGAAGUUCGCCGCCGCCACCGAUGAGCGGAGAGUCUCGCAGGCCAUCAUCCUCACGACGCGGUCGGCGAAGCUUGUCCGGUCUUCUUUCAACUCCCUUCAACUAAUCUGCUCCGACUUCCUAGCGUCUUUGCCGAAUUCCUGCUUUCUCAUACUCGUUGAUACCCUUUACAAAUUCUGCUCACAAGACGAUGACCUCAACAUUGCUCUGACGACCGUCACCUUCUUCUGGGUUCUGUCAGACUUCCUCUCGGGCAAGACCGAGAGCCUUCCCAUCACGGCCGACCUGAUGCAGGACUCCAACAUCUCUGACCUAACAAGCCUGGCGGCGGACCCAGAACACAUUGCUUCGGACGCCGCUCUAUGGAUGCUGUUGCUCCUGAGGCUUACUACCGUUACCGCCGACGGACGCCUGGAGCUUCGUAAUAGUGCAAUCCAGACCCUGCUGAGGAUAUUCGAUGCGUAUGGCGAUAAGCUAAGCCCGGAAGCCUGGUCCAUCUGCGUCAAGUCUGUCGUCUUCAAGCUUCUGUCGUCGAUUGAGGAUGAACUCCAAGCCGCCGCGGGCGAGAGUUCGACACACCACGACCGCCGAGAGUGGCACGAGACUGCGGUCGUCGUGUUGAAUGGCAUCUCGGAACUUUUAGCCAGCUACAUGGAGCCCCUUUCCGCCCACUCGUCCUUUAACGCCCUGUGGCAGGAACUCCUCGGCCACUUCGCGACUCUGCUCGACUUCAAGGUCCUGAACAUCAACACGGCCACCUACAAGGCUCUCGGCAAGGUCAUCAGCCUCGACUACGAUCCCGGCAGAUCCAUUUUCGACACCAGCACCGUCAACGCCGCUUGGGAGCUCUGGUCACGAGGGACGCCAAUCUCAUUGGACGAGGAGGACGGCAAGAAGACGGACAACCAGAACUGCCUGAUCGCAUACGUCGCCACGUUCCACGACGUAUACCAGCUCGUUCAACAGGACUUGACGGUUGACCAGGUCCGUCAGAUGUUGACCCUCUUCCGCGAGGCCCUGCAACAGGCCACCGUGGGAGCUUACGUGAACGACAUUGAGUACGUCACGCCGCUGCAGAACCAGGUGCUCGAGGCCAUCAAAGUAGUACGGACGGAUCUCGCAGGCGUGCCCUCGGCCAUGAUCUCUCAGGUGGCAGAGUUCGUUCGACUCGCCUUCAGCGAAGACGCACUCAGAGCGCAGAGCCCAACGCAACGAAGAACCUAUGUGGCCAUGUCCAAGGCCAGCAUGUCGAUUCUGCAGACGCUCGUGCUCCGCAACGCGUCCGAUGCCGACAUCUACGCCAGCGAGGCCUUCUCCGCGGCGCUCUCGGCACUCUCCAAGCCAGUGGUGCUCAAGUACGGCUUCCCCAUCGUCACCAAGUCGACCCAGCCCUGGCGCCUGGCCACGGACUCGAUCCUCGCGGUACUGGAGGCCACGCUCCCGCAGAUGCGCGCCCUGGAAGUCCCGCGGCCAACGCUCCAGGUGAUAUGGCAAAUGAUUAUCGAGGUCGCCAACGGCAUCGUCAGCGCCGACACCAACGCCGCGCCGGCAUCGGCUGACCUCUCGGACGACGAGUCCUUUGACAUCGCAUCCUUCCACAAGCUCCGCGAGCUCAUCAUCCCCUCGCUCGGCGCCGAGGCGGUUCCCGACAAGACGCGCCAGGCGUACGCCGAGAGCCUCUUCCGCACCUCCAUUAUACACGCGCCCUCGCCCACAGAAUCGUCCCUCAUAUUCGGACCCAACGGUACUUCGGAUAAUACCAUCAACAACAACAAGAACGGCCUCGCUGCCCUCUACAAGAAACGCACCGGCCGCACCGUCGACCCGCUCCCGACGCGGCGCGACCGGAUGGCAUACGUCUGCGUCGAUGAGCUCUUCUCGCUCGUCUCGGCCUACGACGUCUCGAGCCUGCGCAUCGUCGUGCAGCCGCCGACGCCGGCGUUCCCGCCGCCGCGGUCAGCGACGUCGCACCUCUCGGAGGCGCCGCAGGCGCUGCACGUGCGCAUCGCGCGGUCCGCCUCGCCGUUCCUCAUCCUCCGCGCAGCGCUGACGAUCCGAGCCUACAUCGCCGACCAACCCUUGCGCGGCCGCAUGCCGCAGCCGCUGUCGCAGCGCAAGGAGCUCCUCCGCGUGCUGCGGCAGCUGGUCGACCUGACGUCCGAGUCGGACGCCAUCCCGGACACGCCCAACGUCAACAGCGACGGGCGGAAGCACCUGCUACGGCUGUACCCGCUUCUCGUGAGCGCCGUACAGGUGGCGGGCGGCUCGGGUGACGAGAGCGUCCUGAAGCUCUGCGCCGAGGCGCUCGAGGUCGUCGGUGGCGAGCUGGGGGUUUGAGGGCCUUUUGUGUACUAUUAUUUACUUCGAUCAUGAGUUAGACAGCCAGCCAGUAAGCAAGCAAGCAAGUAGUAGUAGAUAUCAUCAAGCAUCAGGAAUUUC